AUGUGCAAGAAGAUCAGUACAGCACAGCGCAGAGACAUGGGCAAGCCGGGAAACCGCUCUCAGAGCCCAGACGCAAAUCCGUGCAAAGCCCGAAAGCAACAUCCAUAUCCCUCACUGGUUUGCUGGCUUCGGCAGGCGGACACGAAACUGGAGGACCUACGCUCUGCGCUGCAGUCGGCCUCGCGGGAGGCUUUGGAGAAGAAGCUGCGAAUGGAGCAGAAGAAGGCGGAAACGCAGAUCCAGCAACUUCACGAUGACCUGGAGCACGAGAAGGCUGCCCGGGUAGAGGUGGAGAGGCUGGUGCGCACCAGUGAGGAGGCCCGGAAGUCGUUUUUCCAGCAGUCCCCACUCGACACGAGAAAUGCCGAGAAGAAGAGCACGGUAUAA